CUAGUUUGUAUGUUUUGCAGCUCAACUUACUUUUACAUUGUUUGCGUUAGAUUUCAAGUCGGGUCGUAAAUAAAGAAUUUUUAAAAACAAACAAAAUGUCUCUGUUUCCUAAGAAAAAAAAAGUGUUCAUGAAAAAUUAUUCGAAAGAGGAUAAUGUGAAAUUAAUAAAGUUAGUUGAACAACGUGAAUGUUUAUGGAAUUGUAAGCAUUGGGAAUACUUUAAAAAACCGAGUGCACAAAAAGCAUGGGAGGAUAUAGCAAAGAUAUUGAACGAUACUCCUCGUAAAUCUCAACAACGUUGGCGGACAAUUCGAAAUAUGUACGGAAAAAAUAUACAUCCCACAUUAAGAAAUAAAUCAACGAAGUAUUACCUGGAACCUUAUCUUGAUUUUCUCCGUCCCUUUAUACGAUCGUGCUGUCGAAGUAAAACAUGCUGCCAACUGGCAGGAAAGACCAAACACAAAAAUGUUCAAGAUGGAAAAGUUACAAACAAACGGGUAGGCGCCGUAGAAGCUACUUCAGAAAAUGUAUCAAAACUCUAUGAUAAUAAUUGGUCCAAUACUAUUCAGAAGACACCAAAAACCAAAUCAAGUGAAAUGAUGUUUCUUGAAAGCUUACUACCAUUUGUGGAUGAAAUGACUAACUGCCAAACACGGCGCUUUAGGUUAAAGGUUCUAACUUUAAUCGAUAAUAUAUUAGAUUAACUAUAAGCUUAAGUUUACGUAACAUUUAAAAUAAAAAAAUAUUUGACAAACUAA